AUGUCGUCGUCCCAGCAGUCCGGCGGUGCAGCCAAACCGCAACCCGAACAGUCGGCGCAGCUGUCGCCCGACCUCCCCAGCCCUACGACCUACCUAACGGGCCACGACGAGUCGGGCACGGCCAUCGUCCACACGGUGCGACCAGCAAGCUGGAAACCGUUCGAGGGCGGCGUCAUGGCCUUCAACCAGAUCUACACAACCCAGUUCCCGCCCGACCUGAACGACAACGCCGACAUACAGUACCACGACGACAAGAUCACGAGCGGCAAGCUCGGGCUCGCCAGCAAAAACGGCACCGUCUGUCGCAUGGUCGAUUUCGGCCCGCAGUACGUGUGUAUGAUGCACCGGACGCAGUCGCUCGACUUUGGCAUCGUGGUCGAGGGCGAGGUCGAGAUGCAGCUCGACGACGGCAGCUCGACGCUCAUGAAGAGGGGGGACAUUGCGGUGCAGCGCGCUACCAUGCACGCCUGGCGGAACCCGAGCGCGACAAAUUGGGCUAGGAUGGUGUUCGUGUUGCAGGACACGAAGCCGCUGAUCAUCAAUGGCAAGCGGUACGGCGAGGACUACGGCAAGGGCACAGAAGGUCUGCCGCCCAGUGGGAAUGAUGACGAUUGA